AUGACACCGAGUGAUAUUAAUUUGCCGACUCCUAGUUUUGAGUUCGAAGAACUUCGAACACCACCGGAUUCGCCCGUUUCGGAACGCAGAAACCGAAACGUUCCAACAAAUGCCGCCUUCAAUGAGCUGUGUAGCAACUGUAAAAGUGUCAUUUCUCACUGUAAUUACUGUAAGUUCUGUGUUUGUGACGAUUUGAGGGACGGUAUUAGCAAUAAUUCCACAGAAUUUCGGGAGGUAACGCACAGAAAACGGCUUCAUCCACGAAAUUCCAGCGAGACUGUCAAGGUGACCGUGCCCCAACCUUUUGCCCUGAGUCACAUGGACAUCUCUCGAAAAAUGGCGGCAGAAGUCAAAAUGUGCAAAUUGAAAGAAGAUUUAAAAAACCAGGCAGAGAAAGAGAUGAACGUCAAAAUUCGGAGCAAGCCGGUUCCGAAAAACACUCGUCUGCCGCUGUACGAGAAAAUGGUGGAAGAGGGUAAAAAAAGAAAAGCCCAGAGGAAGGAAAUAGGUAUGGAAGUGAGUCGCAACAACAUUCCAAGUGGAGCGAUGUCCGGUUCCACGGAUGCGAUGGCCGAAGAAAAACAAAAAACUUUCAAAGCGAAACCGUUACCCAGGCAUAUUUUGAGCGACAAAGUAUCGGAAAAACUCAAAAAUAAAGAAGAGUUGAGAAAAAUGCUGAUAGCCCAGAGGGCUGAAGAAAUAUUGAUGUCGGCUCGAUCCCCUUUUUCCGAGAGACCUCGAAGAACUCGUUCCGAGGUCGAUUUGACCGAUGUCGUUUGUAAGCACGAUUCCAGAACUUCCAAGAAGAAUAUCUCUGCCAUUACGGACAGACUGUACGUUAAAAAGGAAGAGAUACUGGCACGAAAAAGGAGAGAAGAGGCUCUGGGCGAUUCGGAAGAGGACUUGGUGCGGAAGAGGAAGGAGGCCUUGAGAUCGAUUCUGCCACGUCUCAAGAGUCUGCUGCCCGUCUUCGAUUCUCAGAGGGAGAUUGAAGACAAAGUGAAGAAUUUCAGGGCCACACAGACCCACAGGCAACGAGAAUACGAGAAAGAACUGGAAGAAAUCAUGAUGCGGGUUUCCAAACAGCUCUUGUUGAUUGAGAGACAAUCAAAGGUCACGAAAGAAGAUGUGGGGCAAAGUCGUGGGGCGAGAGAAGGAUCGAGUGGAGAACCCGAUGGCGAAUCGGAUGCAACUGAGGAGGAGGAGGAAGAUGCAGAAUCGGAGACUACUGAAAACUCAGAGUCAUGA